UGCCUCUCAGUGGGAAGGCUGCACACUCCUCCAGUACUGCCCCUUUCCCUCCUCCUUCAUCAGAGCUCCUGAAACUGUAUCUUAUGUACACAUAGAUCCUUUUCAGCAAGAGAACUGGGAGCCAGUUGCGGCCACAUCAGUAGAAGAGAAAGCCUGUUGACGAGGCAUGUCUGGGGGAGGCAGAGGUCCCAUGGCUGCAGCAUCCUUGUGGCUUGCCUGGGCACUCUCAGUGACUCUAGCCUUCGUCCCUUGUGUAGUAGUAAGUAGCAGAGGAAGCAGAACAGACUGGACUCAGGAAAAGUAUUUCCAUCGUCCAACCAUUUUAAAUGCAACUAUCAUUGAAGAUGUUGCCGCAAACACAGAUAUAAAUCAAAUGUGGCAGUAUGACCUGCUUCCAAUACUAAUUGAGAGAUACCCAGAAUCACCAGGGAGCUGGGCUGUGCGUCAGCAUAUCAAGCACCGUCUGCAAGGACUACAGGCUGGCUGGGUAAUUGAAGAAGACACCUUUCAAAGCUACACUCCAUAUGGGUACCGCACUUUUUCAAAUAUCAUCAGCACCCUCAACCGCUCUGCUAAGCGCCAUUUGGUGCUUGCUUGCCAUUAUGAUUCUAAAUACUUUCCACCACAGUGGGAUGGCCAAGUGUUUGUUGGAGCUACUGAUUCAGCUGUUCCCUGUGCUAUGAUACUUGAAUUGGCACAUUCCCUGGACAGACAGCUUCAUUCUCUCAAGGCUGUCUCAGAUGGUACACAAGAUCUCUCCUUGAAGUUAAUUUUCUUUGAUGGUGAAGAAGCAUUUGUGAGGUGGAGCACUUCCGACUCUCUGUAUGGCUCUCGGCACUUGGCCCAGAAAAUGGCAGCUACACCACAUCCUCCGGGUGCCGCAAAUACAAAUCAAAUUCAGGGCAUUGAUCUUUUUGUACUGCUGGAUUUAAUUGGUGCUCAAAACCCUGUUUUUCCAGUUUACUUUCUGAAUACUGCUCGCUGGUUUAGGAGGCUUGAAGCAAUUGAGCAAAACCUUCAUGAUUUGGGUUUGUUGCAGAAACACCCUUCUGGAAGAAGAUAUUUCCAUGGUGAAUUAUUAAAAGGACAGGUUGAAGAUGACCACAUUCCAUUUUUAAGAAGAGGGGUUCCAAUCCUUCAUUUGAUACCAGAUCCUUUUCCUAUAGUGUGGCACACCAUGGCAGACAAUGAAGAAAACCUCAACAAGCCAACCAUUGACAAUCUCAACAAAAUUCUACAGAUUUUUGUGCUAGAAUAUCUCAACGUGUCUUGACAACCUUCUUUGUGCCACCAAAUGGUUGCUCAGUCUUAUAUACUACCCCCAGUCCAUCAAUAGUUAUUCCCAAGAACAGGUAUCCAGUUUAUUUAGGAAUAAAAUAUUCUCCUCCUAGAUGACAAUCAGAACAGAGACAAUUAUCCAUAAUUCAGUACUGACAUAGGUCGAUUCCCCACUCACGAUUAGAUGCGCACUCGUCACACAAAAUAUCCAGGUUUCCAGCAGAACUCCCCACUACACCAGAGCCAAAAACAGAUUCACCCCAUCUUUGUCACCCUCCACCCACUCCUCUCAGCGGGUGUCUUUUCAGAACCUGGAAGAAAGUAGAGCUUUUUGAAAAACUCGCACCAAACGAGUGGUGGGGAAGCUCAGGGGGUGAUUCCGGAUUUGAAUUACCCACCCUUGUGAAUGAAGUGGAGCCUCCCAUCCAAUUAGGAAGCAGUGGGCUGUGCGCGAUGUGUGCGCAGCCCCUUUUAAAAAUUUCCCGGUGCCGAGAUCUACGUCAAUUCGAGGCAAUGUGGAAUAGUUUUGAGACAAGAUUUAAGUUGCGUUUCCCCAACCUUAAAACAGUGGUGUCUCUGUGGCACAAUUGGUUUAGCGCUCAGCUAAUGACCAAGAGGUUGGUGGUUUGAGCCCAGCCAGGGACAAGGAAGCUGUUUUUAUUUAUAUAUAUAUUCUUUACCCCUUUCUAUUCCAAACCUAUUUUCCAACCUAUUUAUGUCUGAGGAUCUCUCUGUGUGUUUAUUACAUUGAAUCAAGUGCUUGUGAACU